UUUUUGGGCCAACUAUAACCACAGCAGCUAACUGCCCUGGGCCUUAUAUGCACCUGCCCGAUCACGUGCAAUGCCGGCAGCUCGUUUGCACGGCGUGUUUACGUGCAAGCUGUGCUGUAUCCCCUAGUAAAGAGCCCGCUCUCUCUUCAUCCACGCACACAGCCUGUAUUUGACUUAUUUUUGGCAGGUUUUUGGACGCAGUGUUUCUCCGUUGGGGUCAGUUUGAGGUUCAAGCAAUCACGCAACACGUGUAGGAGUACGUCGGGUCCUCAAAACGAACUCUUUAAAGGGACUGCUUUCUGUUAUACCUGGCGGACCCCCUGCAGAAACCCGAAGGAAAACAAGAGUCUAAUCACAAAUAAAGCCGACCUGUGACCCGGGCGCGGCCCCACCGUGCAGCCUGAACGAGGCGUGACCUUUUCCACUCUGAGAAAAUACUGCCCGGCUGAGGAGCGGAGUCACCAGGUUUUAUGGACUCAGUCAGACCUUGCCCUGAAGGGAAUCAUCUCCCGCAUCCCGACAGCACAGGACCGCUGUGUGCGCGCUUGUGAGAGAAUCGGUGUAGAUCAACGACUGAACUAAAGAGACUGGAAGAAUCGCCAAAGUUUUCUGUGCGCUUUUACUCCAAGAAACUUCGCUUUGCAGAGACGCGAUGACAUCGCUGCUUCCAAACACGUCCGGAAGGCUGGCCCCGCUUUGCAUGCUGGGAUGCCUCGCCCCUCUCUCGCUGCUCCUCCAGGUCGGUCCCUGCUGGGGUCAGCUGGAGCGGAACCGCUCGGAGGAUCGGGGCACCAGAACCUGGGACUCCUCGACGACAGCGGGACGGGGGGUCCUCAAAUCGAGCACAGAGAGGGUCAGGGGGGUCCUGAGUCCUGUGGAAGAGGCUAUUGAAGAGCAGGGCUAUUACCUGCGCAGGCUGUUCCUGCAGUACGGGGAGAACGAGACCCUGUCGUUCGGGGGGCUGCAGCGUCUGCUGGGGAGCCUGGGUCUGGGGGAGGUGAGCGUGCUGGAGAUCAGCCACGAGGGGCUGGGCCAUGACCACGUCUCGCACCUGGACAUGCUGGAGGUGCAGGAGAACAAGCACACGCACUCCCACCCCCCGCACGAGCACGCCGGGAACCCCCCGCAGGAGACGGAGCGCAGGGAUCCCCCCGCAGCACCCCCCCUGCGAGACACAGCUUCCACCCAGACUCCAGAGACACCCAGGAUGAAGCCCGGCCAGGGUCCGGACCCGGUCAGAGUGUGGAGCCGGGCCGGCAGCGCAGCAGUGCACCCUGGGAUACCCGGGGACCUCCAGGGGAGGAGCGGUCACCCUGUGGAGAACCACCUGCACGGAAACUGUCUGAACAUGUCCCAGCUCCUGGUGAACUUCGGCCUGGAUGAGGCUGAGACCAUCACCCCCGCGCUGUUCACCUUCCUGUGCCCCGCCCUGCUCUACCAGAUCGACAGCCGCGUCUGCAUCCGCCACCACGACGAGCUGGAAGUGACGUCGCUGGAGAAACGGGUGUCCUUCCUGUGGGCACUGCUCUGGAGCUCGGUAGCUCUCACAGUGAUCAGUGUGCCCUCUCUCCUCGCGCUCUCCCUCGUCCCGCUCCUCACCAGCUCCUCCUUCCGCUCCCUGCUGUCCUUCCUGGUGGCGCUGGCAGUGGGGACGCUGUGCGGGGACGCCCUGCUGCACCUCCUCCCUCACGCGCAGCAGGGCUCUCAUGAGGAGGGGGAGGCUGGCUCCGGGGUUGAGGACUCCGUGUUGAAGGGGCUGUGUGUGCUGGGGGGCGUCUACCUGCUGUUUACCAUUGAGAGCAUGAUGGGGCUGCGGCGACGCAAGGGUCAAGGGGAGCGCGGGAGACAGGCCAGCGAGCAGGAGCCUGCACACUCCCACCAGCAAGGGGAGCAGGACCUGAAGCUGCUUGAGCGGAGAGGGCAGCAAGAAGCUGAUUCUCUCAGCGGGGCUCCGCUGGAUCAGGAGGGCGGGGCGGCAGGGGGGCCCCUGCGGAGAGAGGGCAGCCUGGGGUGCAGAACGGCAGAGACCACUCCCCACUCCCACUCCCACUCCCACUCCCACAGUGUGCAGGGGCUGAAGGACGCAGGCAUUGGCAGUGUGGCCUGGAUGGUUAUCAUGGGGGACGGGAUGCACAACUUCACCGACGGGCUGGCUAUAGGAGCUGCUUUCUCUCAAGGUGUGGUUGGAGGUCUCAGCACCAGCGUGGCCGUGUUCUGCCACGAGCUCCCCCACGAACUUGGAGACUUCGCGGUGCUGCUGCAGGCUGGCCUGCCCCUGUGCAGGGUGCUGCUGGUCAGUCUGCUCUCGGCUGUGCUGGGGUUUCUGGGGAUGCUGGUGGGCGUGGGGGUCAGCCAGCAGUCCCGCGAGGUCACUCCCUGGAUCUUCUCGCUGACCGCAGGCAUGUUCAUCUACGUGGCGCUCGUGGACAUGCUUCCGGAGAUGCUUCGCGGAGAAUCUUCCUCUCAGGGAAAACCAAAGCGCCUCCUGCUGCAGCACCUGGGGUUGCUGCUAGGGGGCGCCCUCAUGCUGUGCAUUGCUGUGUUCGAGGAUAAGAUCAUCCUCAACGUUGAUUUCUAGCCUCGGAGAGCCGCAUGGAACACAGAACACAGCGGCUGAAAAACAGUCGUCUGUCUGGGACUCCGAGAUGCUCCUCAUUCUUUUUGCACAGCAUUUUUUUUUUUUUUUUGUCAAAUUGUGCAUUUACUCCUAACCCCAGAUCAUCACCAUCCCUACAUCAGGAAGGAUCUCAUGUUCACGAUGUCGCUGCUGCAGUGGGGAGGAAGGCUCAGAGUAUUGCUGCUGUCAUGUGGAUUUCUCUGAAGACUGUAUACAUGGUGUUUACUUUGAUUUUUUUUUUUUUUUUUAAUAAGGUUGUUUUAAAAGAAAAUUGAUAAUUUUUUAAAAUAUAUUUUUUAAAAUGAUGUAAGCUAUUCUUGAUUGUACAGGACUAUUAAAUUCUAGGGGGGGGGGGGGGGAACAUAGUUAACCCAAACUAAUACUUUAAGUGGGGUACAGAAAUCUGGCUCAGAGGAAACACGGUUGGAAAUUAGGUGGACACAGACUUAGGACAGUGAGAAGGAGACACGUCUUCACAGGGCAGCCUCGCUUGGAUCCUUACAGACCCGGCACAGUUCUGAGAUCCAUCAGCUGCUUGGAACCGGACGCGUUUAGGACGGUCUGAACGCCCUCGCGCCUCAAUGCUAUCGUGUUCUUAAGCGAUAUCAGGAAGAAGAAAGGUAACUUUGAAUUGGUGCUCGCUGUUGGUUAUAAACGCAGAAUGUGAUCACCAGUUCAAAGUGACCAAAAAAUACCAUUGUGAAUAAUAACGUUUUGUAUAGACGCACAGACGAGAUCGUUAACGGAUGUGUUGAAGCAUUUUGUAUAUCAGAAAUCAAUAAAGUGUGAUUGUUGCUGAUCAGAA